AUGGAAGAAGGCUUAGCCACGAUACCCCAAGCUCUAGCUAACAAGGGCUACGAACAGGUACUUCAUCUUCAUAUCGGCCAGGCUGGUGCCCAGCUGGGUAACAGCGCUUGGGAGCUGUACCUCCUCGAGCACGGCCUCGGGCCUGACGGCCGCCCUGAUCCAAAUGCUAAGGACCUCGCCGAAGGUGGUUCUUUCGAGACCUUCUUUACCGAGACGAGCAGUGGCAAAUACGUCCCCCGCUCCAUCUUCGUCGACCUCGACCCUUCACCAAUCGACGAAAUCCGCACCGGCAACUACCGCCAGCUCUUCCACCCAGAGCUUCUGAUUAGCGGGAAAGAGGAUGCCGCCAACAACUAUGCCCGUGGCCACUACACUAUUGGCAAGGAGAUGAUUGACAAUGUCAUCGACCGCAUCCGCCGUGUCACCGACAACUGCAAUUCACUCCAGGGCUUCUUGAUCUUCCAUUCCUUUGGCGGUGGUACUGGCUCUGGAUUCGGCGCUCUGCUGCUCGAGCGUCUCGCGACCGACUACGGCAAGAAGUGCAAGCUGGAGUUCACUGUUUACCCCGCGCCGCGUCUCUCCUCUGCCGUUGUCGAGCCCUACAACGCUGUCCUUUCCACCCACAGCACCAUCGAGAACUCAGACUGCACCUUCCUGGUUGACAACGAGGCCGUGUACGAUAUCUGCCGCCGGAAUCUGGACAUUCCCCGGCCCAGCUAUGAGCACCUCAACCGUCUGAUUGCACAGGUCGUGUCUUCCAUCACCUCGUCUCUGCGCUUCGAUGGCGCCCUGAACGUCGACCUCAACGAGUUCCAGACCAACCUGGUCCCGUACCCCCGUAUCCACUACCCGCUCAUUAGCUACGCGCCUGUCAUCUCGGCUGCCAAGAGCGCUCACGAGAGUUUCAAGGUCUCGGACCUGACCUUCCAAUGCUUCGAGCCCAACAACCAAAUGGUCGUCUGCGACCCGCGCAAGGGCAAGUACAUGGCUGUGGCCCUCCUCUACCGCGGCGACGUGGUCCACCGCGACUGCAGCGCCGCCGUGGCCCAGCUCAAGUCUAAGGCGUCGUUCAACCUGGUCGAGUGGUGCCCGACGGGCUUCAAGAUCGGCAUCAACUACCAGAAACCCGUGGCCGUCCCCACCGCGUCGCCGCAGGACGGCGGUCUAGCCGCCGUCGACCGCUCCGUCUCCAUGCUGUCCAACACGACCGCCAUCGCCGAGGCCUGGUCGCGCCUCGACUACAAGUUUGAUCUGAUGUACAGCAAGCGCGCCUUUGUGCACUGGUAUGUUGGCGAGGGCAUGGAGGAGGGCGAGUUUAGCGAGGCCCGCGAGGAUCUGGCUGCCCUUGAGAAGGACUACGAGGAGGUCGCUGCCGACUCGUUUGAGCCUGGUGAGGGCGAGGCCGAGUAUUAA